UGGUCCGCGGUGACCGUGCCGCCCCGCGCGCCCCCCUGCUGCUGUGCCCUCCCAGUGCAUGUCGAGCCACACCCACCUAGAGUCAAGCUCCCCAAGCCCCCACCCCCAAAACACAUUUGGGGAGGUAGUGGGAGAAGGGGGAAACCUAGACAGGAGACAGGGUGCUGCCUCAGGGGACCUAGGAGCCCCGCCCUUAGUGGGUGGGGUCAGCACUAAAGGGGUUAAGCCCGCGGGCAAGUUUGGGGCUCCAGACCUAAAGGCGGAUCCUAAGCUUCCUCUUGGUGAAAGGGUACGGCUGUUGCGGACGGAGGUGGCAGAUGAAGGUUUCCAUCCCUGGGGCAUGACCAUGCAGGUAGGCCAGGCCUUGGUGCUAAGCCUGGCCCUGUGCCUGGGGUGUGGCCAGCCCCUGCUUCAGGCCCCUCAACGCCCCUUCUUGGUGCUGUGGAAUGUACCCUCAGCACACUGUAAAGCCCACUUUGGGGUGCCCCUUCCAUUAGAGGCCCUGGGCAUCAUAGCCAACCAUGGCCAGCAUUUCCAUGGCCAGAACAUCACCAUCUUCUACAAGAACCAGCUUGGCCUCUAUCCUUACCUUGGACCCAGGGGCACAGCUCACAAUGGGGGCAUCCCUCAGGCUGUGCCUCUUCACCACCACCUGGUAAAAGUUGCCUAUCAGAUCCACCGCAGACUGAGACCUGGCUUUGCUGGCCUGGCAGUACUGGACUGGGAAGAGUGGUAUCCACUCUGGGCCGGGAACUGGGGCCGCCGCAGAGUAUAUCGAGAAGCCUCAUGGGCUUGGGCACAGCAGGUAUACCCCCAUUUGGACCCCAAGGAGCAGCUCCACAAAGCCCACACUGGCUUUGAACAGGCAGCACGUUCACUGAUGGAGGACACACUGCGGCUGGGUCAGGCCCUGCAGCCCUAUGGGUUCUGGGGCUUCUAUCGCUUCCCAGCCUGUGGCAAUGGCUGGCAUGGUGCGACUUCCAAUUACACAGGCCGGUGCCAUGAAGCUACCCUUGCCCGCAACACCCAACUGCAUUGGCUCUGGGCUGCCUCUAGUGCCCUCUUCCCCAGCAUCUACCUCCCACCGAGGUUGCCACCUGCCCACCACCAGGUAUUUGUCUGGCACCGCCUAGAGGAAGCCUUCCGUAUGGCCCUUGUUGGGCACCCACAUCCCCUGCCUGUCCUGGCUUAUACCCGUCUCACACACCGGCACUCUGGAAGGUUCCUGUCUCAGGAUGACCUUGUGCACACCAUUGGCGUGACUGCAGCUCUGGGGGCAGCCGGCGUGGUGCUCUGGGGAGACCUGAGCUUCUCCAGCUCUGAGAAGGAGUGCUGGCGUCUCCAUGACUACCUAGUGGACACCCUGGGCCCUUAUGUGAUCAACGUCACCAGAGCGGCCAUGUCCUGUAGUCUCCAGCGGUGCCAUGGCCAUGGGCGCUGUGCCAGGCGAGACCCAGGACAACUGGAAGCCUUCCUGCAUCUGCAGCCAGAUGGCAGCCCUGGAGCUUGGGAAUCCUUUGGGUGCCACUGUUACUGGGGCUGGACUGGUCCUACUUGUCAGGAACCCAACGUUGGGCCUCGAGCCAGGCCUGAGUCCAAAGAAGCAGCAUAAUGGGCCUCCACGGUGGCGCAGCAGUUGAGCACUGGGCUGCGAAGCUGCCCGCAGCCUUUGUAGCGCCGGUUGGAUCCCUGGCCGCCAGGUGAGGCAAGUGCCCACCUGGUGCACAGACCUCUCCUGCCGUGCCCGCUGCUCCCCUCAGCAGUGUACUUCGUCACUCUGCCUGUUCUGUUCCCCGCUCUGGCUCUGGUGAAUUCUCUCACCCACCCGCGCUUCUGACUGUACCCAGUGCUUGUAUAAAUAAGUAAAUCUUAAAAAAAAAAUAAAGAAGCAGCAUAAAGCCCGGAUGACCUGCCCUGACUCUCUAGACCCUGCAUUUUCCCAGUCCUGACAGGAGGACUGUGCCCCAUUCACUGCUUUUAGCUUACAGCCAAUCAUCCUAUGCACAUACCCCACUUAUGUGACCCCUGGGGAAUGGGAGUAACCAGAAGAAACAUUUAGAUCAUUUGAAAACCAGAGGC